AUGCGCCAUCCCCCCUCCUCCUCCUCAACGCCACCCCCUCGCGCCGGCCCUGACUAUGCAUCCUACUCCAACACCAAUGCCACGGGCGAUGACGUUGGAUGGGUCACGAGCGCACAGAACGCGUCGGUCUCACUCAACUUUACCGGUACUGCCCUCUUCUUCGAGGUCGACUUUGCUCCGUCGAGCGGAGGCGGUGGCCCGGGUGCUGGCGCCGGCACGUCGGGCUCGGGGACUGGAUGGACCACAAAGGUCCUGGUCAACGGCACGGACGCGCCGUCGGGCUCGACGACCACUGCUGUUGGCGUGAGAGGCCUGCCGGCAGGCAUGCACACGUUCCGACUAGACCUGCAGCGAACCGACGGCAAGACUGGAAACGAGACGUGGGCCAACGUCCAAGGCGUCACUGGGACGCUGGACGGCGCCAACGGCCCAGAAACGACAAACUCGACAAUUGACGACACGGCCUGGGCAGGAGGCCCGAAUGGAACGGUCAUUCUCAGCCCGGCGUGGAACAUGUUGGAGAGCAACCACAGCAACUUUGUCAACACUUCGGACCCAAUGGUCGUCACAGAGGAAGGCACGCAGGCGCGCAACCACAACAGCUCGAUCUCGUGGACAACUCUGUCUGGCGCAAACAAUUCGAUGCAGUUUACAGGAAGUGCAGUGUGGGCGUAUGGAACGACAGGUGGGCCUGCCGGCGGCUACCAGGUCAUGUUGGACGGAGCGUCCAUCGGAACAUAUGACGCGUCGGGAGGACCCGAGGUGUACCAACAGGUGCUGUACCACGUCUCUGGCUUGUCAGAUUCUCAACAUACGAUCCAGCUGGUCAACCAGUGGGGCCAGCUCUCGUUCGACUACCUCGUCGCGACUACCAAGCUCGGUGCCGCGACCCUGGCCGAGCAAGUGACCACCACCUCGUCCCGUGCCACCAUGACCGCCGGCGCACCGUCGUACACUGUGGGGCCGACCACGUCAGCCGUCCAUUCGUCCGCUGCCGCUGCCGCCGCCAAGCCGUACAACUCGACAGCCAAGACGGCCAUUGGCGCGGCGGUCGGUGCCGCGGGUGGUCUGGCGCUCAUUGGCCUCAUUGCCAUCUGCUUCUGGCGCCGGCGCGAACGAAAACGGCGUCCAACACCCAAGCUCGGCUGGAACGACGACCGUCCGUGGUACAAGCGCAUGAUGGCGCGCGACGUCGGAUGGCGGUUUGUCAACUUGCCCGAAGAGAAUCCGGGCCAGUCGGGCCAGAUGCGCGAGGUGUACGCGGGCACCCCUCCAGGCCGACAGCGCACGCACGCGUCUGGGUCGUCGUUUGGCAGCGCCGCAGCGGGUCUCGCGGCAGUGCCACCAGCGUACACCCGCCGCUCGCUCCUGCCCUUCAAGAACAAUUUGUGGGCCAAGGAGACACGUAAAGACGACCUCGGAUCGGUACCCAUGCGCGACGUCAGCCGCUCGCCUACAAACUCGCCCGGCCCCAUCACUGCCGCCCUCGCCGGCGGCCACUCGCCAUUGACCAACCUGCAGCGCAGCUUCUCGUCGUCGCAAGGCUCGCGCGCAGCGCCGCCAGCAGCCAUCUCCACAGGCGCAGACGGCCGCUCAGCAGCGGACCAGUGGCGCGAAAAGGAACGCGCAGCCGCCCACCGCAUGCAGAGCGAGGAACGCCUCGAGGGCCCGCACUCUGGAGCCGCCGCCGCCGCCGCCGCCGGAGGAGCUGGCGCCAGCAGCAGCGGUAACCCGCGCGAGUGGUACGACUGGGUCGGACUGAGCACGUACGGCGAGCGCGGGUCGCGCCACCUGUCCAACAUGUUUGGCCUGGGCAAGCCGGCCAGCACAAAGGCGCCGCUGCAGAUCAGCAGCCCGCGCGGCAUUGGCAACCCCGACGACGACGAGUAUGCCAUGGGCAGCGUGCACGACCAGCACAUGGCCCCGCCGCCGCAGUCGCCGCGCCGGUUCCUUGAUACCAAGCGCAACACGGCGGCGUCGCAGUGGGCCCGGUACUAG